AUGAGUCAACAAGAAAAAUCGACAUUCCGUAGUUAUACCAAGGAAGAAUUACACGAUUUAUUAACUAAACUUGAACUUCCAGUUAAAUCGAAAACCACUAAAAAGGCAAUGGUAGAAAUUCUUGAUGAUUUUGUUGAGAAACAUCCUGAAGAAUUAGAUAAUAUUGAAAAAAUCUUACAAACUGAAGAAGAUGAAGAUGAUGAUGAUGAUGAAGAAGAUGAAGAUAUUGUAGAAGUUGUUAAGAUUGAUGGUGAAGAAGAUGAGGAUGAGGAUGAUGAAGAGGAAGAAGAAGAAGAAGCUGAGGACGAUGAAGAAGAAGAAGAAGACGAUAAAGACUAUGAAGCUCCACCACCAUUGAAUUUAAAAGAAUGGGUUGUUGAUCCAAUAAUUGCUCAAUCAGAAACUUUUAUUGAAAAAUUUUAUGAAUUUACUGAUAAUGUUGGUAUUACUUAUUUAAAUCAAAGUGAAAAAUUAAGAGAUCAAUUAAGUUCUACCGUUACAUUAAAUUAUUUACAAAUUGGUGUUGAAUUAUUAAUUUUCAUUUAUACAUUUAUUAGAGUGGUUCCAUUGAAUGAAAAUAAUUUAAUUCAUCAAAUUUUCCAUGAUAAUAUUCCUUAUUUAUCAAUAAUUACUUGGCCAUCAUUAGAAAUUUCAUCAAUUUUCCAAUAUAAAUCAAUCAUUACAUUUAUAAUUUGGUCAAUUACUUCAAUUAUUAUUCCUUCAAUUGUAUCUUAUUUUAUAAAUUUCACUUCAAGAGUUAUUGAAAUUGAAGAUGAUGAAUAUUUAUUUAGAGUUUAUUCAUUUGAUCCAUUUAUUUUUGCUUUAUCAAAAAUUUUAACCUUUUAUUUCAUUGGUCAAUUUGCAUUGAUUGAAUUUGCUACUUGUGAAUGUUUUAUUUCUGCCAUUUUUAAUAAAACUUUAUUGAAUAUUGGAUUAUAUCAAUCAUUUGCAACUAAUAAUUUAGGUACUUUACCUUAUGUUCUUGGUGGAGUUAAUGUUUUAAUUGCUCUUUAUGCUCAAUUUGAAGAAUAUUAA